AUGGGCAAGAGAAACUACAACGCUGAGUCGACAGAGCUGCGGCCUCAGAAGAAACCCAAAUCGGACAAGCACUCCAAAGACAAAAAAGACAAGACCAUAUCAAACCAGGACAAUGGCAGCUCAUGUACCGAUCAGACUGCUUACUCCCAGGCGUCGGCUCUUAUGGCUCUUCCCCAGCUCGAAAUCGAUCAAUAUCUGUCCGAGAAAGUGAUCAAGUUCACUGAUCCUGCUACGGACGCACCGGCAUUCCGCCCGAUAAUUUCUUUCGAUUACUUGCCCCCGUGCGAUGGCGACCUGUAUGAACAAUUGAAGUCAUUCCCCGCGCCGACUCCCAUUCAAGCUGCUACCUGGCCAUUGCUUUUUGCCGGCCGUGAUGUUAUUGGUAUUGCCGAGACUGGAAGUGGCAAAACCUUAGCUUUUGGCUUGCCAUGCCUCAGGAAACUGAUAGAGUCCAAGCACAACAAGAAGCCUUGCCAACCAACCGCUGUCAUCAUUUCUCCUACCAGGGAACUUGCGAUGCAGAUUUAUGACCAACUUGUCAAGUUCGCAAAUGUCGCCAAGGCCGGCGUUACGUGCAUCUAUGGGGGUGUGAAAAAAGAUGAUCAGCGAGAAGCUCUCAAGAAGGCGGCCAUUGUGGUUGCCACCCCUGGUCGGUUGAAGGACCUGCAAAACGACGGCUCAGUUGAUCUGGGAAAGGUCAAGUACCUUGUUUUAGAUGAGGCCGAUCGUAUGCUGGACAAGGGAUUUGAGCAGGACAUCAAGGACAUCAUCCAGCCCAUGCCGGUCUCAAGGAGGCAGACUGUCAUGUUCACCGCAACAUGGCCUCGCAGCGUUCGUGAUCUGGCGUCAACUUUCAUGAGCUCCCCGGUCACCGUCACUAUCGGCGGCGACCCUUCGGCUGACCCUCGUGCCAACACCAGGAUCAAGCAAGACGUCGAGGUCGUGGAUCCUCGAGACAAAGAGACCCGGCUCAUCCAGAUCCUCAAUCGGUCGCAGAGGGGCAAGAACCCCGAGAAAGUUCUUGUAUUCUGUUUGUACAAGAAAGAAGCCGUUCGAGUGGAGAGACUCAUCAAUGCCAAAGGCUUCAAGGUCGCAGGAAUCCAUGGCGAUCUGAACCAGUCAGAUCGAUUCCGAAAUCUUGAAGCUUUCAAGACUGGCGCUGCUACCAUUCUAGUUGCCACUGACGUGGCGGCUCGGGGUCUUGAUAUCCCUGCUGUGAAGUUGGUGGUCAAUGUCACCUUUCCUUUGACAGUUGAGGACUACGUGCAUCGCAUUGGGCGAACAGGACGAGCUGGUGCCGAGGGGCACGCCAUUACCAUGUUUACUGAACAAGACAAAGGAUUGUCCGGCGGAUUGAUCAACGUUCUCAAGGCGGCGAAGCAGGAUGUGCCGGAGGAGCUGAUGAAGUUCGGUACCACUGUGAAAAAGAAGCAGCACGAUGCUUACGGUGCAUUUUUCAAAGACAUUGGCACAGACAAGAAAGCCACCAAGAUUACAUUCGAUGAUUGA